GUUUGUAGUCAUUCUGGUAUUGCAUCGAUGUCCUCGCAGGGAGACGCCGCGAAGUUUACAGGAAAAUUUAUCGCCAAACUUCUUCCAAACGGUUUCAAGGAAUCUUCCAGCACCAAAAUACUGGCUAAAGACCCGUCUGUGGAAGUUUGUGCAGAACUUCUGCGAGUUUUUGCCGUGGAAGCUUGUACUCGCGUGGCUAACCAGGCACAUAAAGAAGGGUCUCAAACUUGUAAUGUAGAACAUGUUGAGAAAGUACUACCUCAGCUUUUAUUGGACUUCUAAAAAGCAGACUCGUUCGAACCUGUGUCGGAAUUGUAUGAUAUAAAAUUAAGUAUGAGUAAUUCAGUUGUUGUUCUUCAAAAUGGAUAUUGCAAGCCACAAAAAGAUGGAAAAGGAUUUGCUGCAGAUUGCAGCAUAACCUUGAUAAAGUCGAAAGAAGCUGGCAAUAUUUUGAUUGACACUGGUGGACCUUGGAACAAAGAUAAAUUAUUAAGUCUGCUUGAGGAACAGAACCUAAAUGUGAAGGACAUUACAACAUUAGUUUGCACUCAUGGACAUUCUGAUCAUGUAGGAAAUCUCAACUUAUUUUCAUGUAAAACUAUUGUAAGUCGUGAUAUUUCUGUAGGCGAUUUGUAUGAAAACUUCAGUUUCGAAUCGCAAAAAUCGUAUAAGCUUUCAGAUGAUAUUGACAUCAUUCCAACUCCAGGACACACACAUAGUGAUGUAUCAGUUGUUGUGAGAAACACGAAUCAUGGAACCAUUGUUGUGGCAGGAGAUUUAUUUGAAAGUGAAGAAGAUCAAUAUGAUGAAAGUUUGUGGAAGAACAAUAGUGAAAACCCCCAACUACAAGCUGUACACCGUCAAAAAGUUUUACAGAUUGCCAAUCAUAUUGUCCCUGGGCAUGGACCCAUGUUUGCUGUUAAAAAAUCAUGAAUGCGGCACUUUGAUGAUUUUUAUGCAAGUCAAAUAUGCCAUUUAUUUGCACCAUAUACAAUCGCUGCCAUGAACAAACUUAAAACUUGUACAACAAUCUUUGUUUUCUUGAAAAGUGAAUCUCAAUAAACUUGUUAUCAAACUUACUAACCCUGCCAUAUGUGGUAUAAAUUUAA